AUGGAUUUGGAAGUAGCUGCUGCACCAUUUGCUCGGCCUUCUAGGGAUCUGGCCAAAUGUUGCAAUUGUGGAUGUAGCUGCUGUUCUACGGGCUCUUCCUCCUCUGGGCCCUGGAUAAGAUCUGUGAAGCGGAAAUAUGAUGAAUUUGAGGGGAAGCCUUUUGUUAUACCGGGUCUCGAUCUCGUGUCGAAUCCACGGAUCCAAAUUGAGAACGAAAUUGUUGCCCUGAGAGAGAGCGUCAGUACCCAACAGCAGGCGAUUCAGGAUUUGUAUGCUGAACUGGAAGAGGAGAGAAAUGCUGCUUCCUCAGCUGCAAAUGAGGCCAUGUCUAUGAUCUUGAGGUUGCAGAGGGAAAAGGCCGAGGUGCAGAUGGAGGCAAGACAGUUCAAGCGUUUUGCAGAGGAGAAGAUGGCCCAUGAUCAGGAAGAGCUUGUGUCUUUUGAAGAUGUGUUGUACAAGAGAGAGCAGGCUAUUCAGUCUCUUACCUGUGAAGUGCAAGCCUACAAGCAUAGGAUGAUGAGUUAUGGACUUACAGAGGCCGAGGUGGAAGGUGGGAUUAGCCGGAACCAGAGCAUGUCCGAUAAUAUGGGUUCACAGUUUGAUUUCGCAGAAUAUGACUACCCGCCACUGAAGUGCAAUAUGAACGAGAACCAAGCUGCUGUUGAGGCUGAUGAAGAAGAAGUUGUGGAUGUUGAGAAAUAUGCAUUUGGUGAAACACCUCGUUAUGGGGAAGUGCCUCGUCAUAACGAAACUCCUCGUGGUAGGGAUCAUUUGAAGAAUCUGGAAUAUAGAAUCUACCAGAUGGAGAGGUCUCCCAGGAGUAGUCAAUUGGAUGCUGCUGAUGUUUCUGGUGGGAACGGGAAACAUAUCUUGGAGAAGGUGAUAGUUGGUCACUCUCCAAGAAAGACCAGGCAUAACCAGAUUCUUUCUGUUGAGAGCCCGCGUUCAUUGAGAGGGGUAACGAGAGAUACAGCUCCAGAAUCACCUUCAUACAAGUUCCCUAAUAGCUUUAAGAAGGCAGAUUAUGUUACUCAUCCUGAAGAACACAAGACUCCGAGGAAGGCAGAUAAUAAUGCCUCAGAAUUUGAAGAUGAGAUGUAUGACAGAGUUUAUACCAUUGAUUCUGUCCACAAUGGAGUAAAUGAUCAUAAAGAAGAUUAUGUUUCAAGUCCAAUAACAGAUAUGUUUGAUCAGCCUGACCUGAGCGAUCCUGAUAUCAAGAAACUAUACACAAGGCUUCAUGCACUUGAGGCUGACAGGGAAUCAAUGAGGCAGUCACUAAUCUCAAUGCGUACUGACAAAGCACAAUUGGUACUACUAAAAGAAAUUGCCCAGCAGUUGUGUAAGGACAUGACACCUGAACGUAGACUACCGGUGAAGAAGCCCUCCAUUGCGGGAACCGUGAAGUUCGUAUCGGUUGUCAAGUGGGUUACAUCCUUUGCCUUCUGGAGGAAGAGAGCUCGCCAAAGCAGCAGGUACAUGUUUGGGGCUACAAGUGACAACGAUGGCUUGUUAAUGCUUCUGGACAAAGGUGCACGAGCAAGGCAACAUUGGAGAUUUCUGUCAAGAACCCACCUGUAA